AUUUCUGAUAACAGGACUAUGCUAGUUAAAUAAUAAUAUUGAAUUUUAAUGUAAGCACACGACAGAAAAAGGAAGAGAGUUAUUGUUCGCUGAUAAUAAUGAUUCAAUGAAACAGACGGUUUGUGUGAAAGAAGUUUGCAAUAGACCUAAUUAUUUGUGUUAAAUAGAGCAGCCACCAACUACAAGUUUAUUUUGCAAGUAUAUUUCAAACAGAGAAACAAUGCGCUGGGGAAUCUGUUCGCCAGGUUUUAUUGCAAACGACUUCUGCAAUGCUUUGCAAUGUUUGAAUCCUUUCGAACACACAAUAACUGCGGUGGUAUCCAAAUCUUUAGAGAAGGCUAAGAACUUUGCAGAGAAGUUUAAGAUACCAAAUGUGUAUGACAGCUACGAAGAAUUUGCUAAAGAUCCCAACAUAGAUCUGGUGUACGUUUCAGCAAUCAAUUUUUACCAUCAUCCUCUUUCCAUUCUCAUGCUUAACAAUGGCAAACCUGUUCUGUGUGAGCAAACUUGUGCUAAUAACACUCAGCAGACAGAAGAAAUGAUUGAACUCGCAAAGUCAAAGAAAUUAUUUUUCAUGGAGGGUAUGUGGACCAAAUUCUUCCCAGUUUACAAAGCCAUUAGAGAAAUAAUUGACUCUGGAACCAUAGGAAAAAUACGCCACUUAGAUGCGACUAUGUUUUAUAAAAUAAUGCUUUCAAAUGGUGCUGUGCCAGAGGCUUCCUUGCACAGGAGCGGUCUCAUAGAUAUUGGUGUAUACUUAAUAUGGCUUGCAAACUUCAUAUUUAAACAGAAACCUGAAACAAUUACUGCUACUGGCGUGGUUACUGAUAUCGGUGUCGACCAAUCUGCCAAUCUUAUUUUGACUUAUAAGGAUGGAGCCAAAGCUUCUUUGUCCUAUGAUAGGACUGUGACAAAAAAAAGUGACGCAUAUAUUUAUGGAACUCAAGGCAAAAUUUACAUACAUUCACCAUUUUGGAGCACUACCAAAAUCGAGAUAAAUGGAGAAGAAAGAGAAUUUCCACUCCAUAAAUCUGAUGCUGAUUAUAAUUACCCCAAUAGCGCUGGAUUAGCUUACGAGGCUGAAGCUGUACGCCAAUGUUUCGAGAAGGGUGAACUUGAAUGCCCCGCUCACACCCAUUCUGAUACGCUGUCGCUCAUAACAAUUAUUGACGAGGCUCGACGACAACUUAAAGAAAAUCAUCAGAAAAAAUUAGGAGGGACAGAAAGCCAAUAGAGAGGAAUGAUUCAUAGAAAAUCCCACAUAGUAUAACUAACAUUAAUAAUUCGGAUUGUAUAUCAACGCCUUAUGUGCAGUCGAUGAUCAUUUGUUAAAGAAAUACAGUUUUUUUCAUGCUUUGUUAUACCAUAAAUAUGUAUUAGAAAUCAAGUGUCUUUAUACGUAGAUAACAAAAAAAAAAGCAUCAUUAUAUCAAAAGAUAACUGCUUUUAGAAAGCAAAAAUGUACGUAGAAACAGCAAGAGGAAGACACAAGGGAACUAGCUUAAAAAUAAAAGAAAAUUUAUAUAUAAGAAAAUUAUGGAUUAUAAUGAAAAAUCUGAAAGUAACAGAAUAAAGGGAAAAUUUUGAAAACUACUUG